AUGUCUUGCUGUGGAGGAAACUGUGGUUGCGGAUCUGGCUGCAAGUGCGUUGGAUGCGGAGGUUGCAAAAUGUACCCAGACUUGAGCUUCUCCGGCGAGACUACCACCACUGAGACUCUUGUCCUAGGCGUUGCUCCAGCCAUGAAUUCUCAGUUCGAGGCUUCCGGCGAGACUUUCUUUGCCGAGAACGAUGCCUGCAAAUGCGGAUCUGACUGCAAAUGCAACCCUUGCACCUGCAAAUGAAGAACAAUAAACCCUAAGAGUCUCCAGCAACCCUAAUGUUAUGUUAGGUCUGGUUAAGUGUAAUAAUAAUGGUUCAUUUCUCCGGUUGUUUUUCCGGUGACGUGAGUCUUGUGCUUCUCUGUCUUCUUCCCUCUGUGUGUUUUAUGGUUUGGUCAUAAGAUAUCUCUGUAUGUUUUAUCUGUGUGACUAUAUAUAAGCCUAAAGUAUUAUGGGUCUUCGAGU